UGACGCGGGAGGGCGGCAGCGGCGGCGGCGGGAGCGCGCCCGUUGCAAGAUGGCGGCGGCCAUGCUGGGCCCCGGGGCUGUGUGUGCGCAGCGGGCGGCGGCGCGGCCCGGACGGCUGGCGCGGCGACGGCGUUAGCCCGGCCCUCGGCCCCUCUUCGCGGCCGCUCCCUCCGCCUCUUCCCGCCUUGCCCGAGAUGGAUCUGCCCAUGGGCCCCGGCGCGGCGGGGCCCAGCAACGUCCCGGCCUUCCUGACCAAGCUGUGGACCCUCGUGAGCGACCCGGACACCGACGCGCUCAUCUGCUGGAGCCCGAGCGGGAACAGCUUCCACGUGUUCGACCAGGGCCAGUUUGCCAAGGAGGUGCUGCCCAAGUACUUCAAGCACAACAACAUGGCCAGCUUCGUGCGGCAGCUCAACAUGUAUGGCUUCCGGAAAGUGGUCCACAUCGAGCAGGGCGGCCUGGUCAAGCCAGAGAGAGACGACACGGAGUUCCAGCACCCAUGCUUCCUGCGUGGCCAGGAGCAGCUCCUUGAGAAUAUCAAGAGGAAAGUGACCAGUGUGUCCACCCUGAAGAGUGAAGACAUAAAGAUCCGCCAGGACAGCGUCACCAAGCUGCUGACGGACGUGCAGCUGAUGAAGGGGAAGCAGGAGUGCAUGGACUCCAAGCUCCUGGCCAUGAAGCAUGAGAAUGAGGCUCUGUGGCGGGAGGUGGCCAGCCUUCGGCAGAAGCAUGCCCAGCAACAGAAAGUCGUCAACAAGCUCAUUCAGUUCCUGAUCUCACUGGUGCAGUCAAACCGGAUCCUGGGGGUGAAGAGAAAGAUCCCCCUGAUGCUGAACGACAGUGGCUCAGCACAUUCCAUGCCCAAGUACGGCCGGCAGUUCUCCCUGGAGCACGUCCACGGCUCGGGCCCCUACUCGGCCCCCUCCCCGGCCUACAGCAGCUCCAGCCUCUAUGCCCCCGAUGCUGUGGCCAGCUCUGGACCCAUCAUCUCCGACAUCACCGAGCUGGCUCCUGCCAGCCCCGUGGCCUCCCCCGGCGGGAGCAUAGACGAGAGGCCCCUGUCCAGCAGCCCCCUGGUGCGUGUCAAGGAGGAGCCCCCCAGCCCGCCUCAGAGCCCCCGGGUAGAGGAGGCGAGUCCCGGGCGCCCAUCUUCCGUGGACACCCUCUUGUCCCCGACUGCCCUCAUUGACUCCAUCCUGCGGGAGAGUGAACCUGCCCCCACCUCCGCCACAGCCCUCACGGACGCCAGGGGCCACACGGACACCGAGGGCCGGCCUCCCUCACCCCCGCCCACCUCCACCCCUGAAAAGUGCCUCAGCGUAGCCUGCCUGGACAAGAAUGAGCUCAGUGACCACUUGGAUGCUAUGGACUCCAACCUGGACAACCUGCAGACCAUGCUGAGCAGCCACGGCUUCAGCGUGGACACCAGUGCCCUGCUGGACCUGUUCAGCCCCUCGGUGACCGUGCCCGACAUGAGCCUGCCUGACCUUGACAGCAGCCUGGCCAGUAUCCAAGAGCUCCUGUCUCCCCAGGAGCCCCCCAGGCCUCCCGAGGCAGAGAACAGCAGCCCGGAUUCAGGGAAGCAGCUGGUGCACUACACAGCACAGCCGCUGUUCCUGCUGGACCCCGGCUCGGUGGACACCGGGAGCAACGACCUGCCGGUGCUGUUUGAGCUGGGAGAGGGCUCCUACUUCUCCGAAGGGGACGGCUUCGCAGAGGACCCCACCAUCUCCCUGCUGACAGGCUCGGAGCCUCCCAAAGCCAAGGACCCCACUGUCUCCUAGAGGCCCUGGAGGAGCUGGGCCAGCCAUGGCCUGCCCGCCCCCAGCCCCAGUGCAGGGCUGGUCUUGGGGAGGCAGGGCAGCCUCAUGGUCUUGGACACUGGUGGGUCGGCCGCCAUAGCCCCAGUAGGACAAACGGGCUCGGGUCUGGGCAGCACCUCUGGUCAGGAGGGUCACCCCGGCCUGCCAGUCUGCCUUCCCCCAACCCCGUGUCCUGUGGUUUGGUUGGGGCUUCACAGCCACACCUGGACUGACCCUACAGGUUGUUCACAGUCAGAAUUGUAUUUUGGAUUUUUACACAACUGUCCCGUUCCCCACUCAAUAGAGAUAUACAGAUAUAUACACACAGGUGGAUGGACGGACGAGACAGGCAGAGAUCUAUAAACAGACAGGCUCUA